CAUACUUUAACCCCCUAAUAUUUGAUCCGUUCUCACAUAACCAACUGUGCGGAUGCUUUUAAAACAUUCCUAAACUAUAGCAUAGAAUUGCCAUCACAAAACUAAGACAACAUAAUAAUCUUGUAACAGAUGGUAACACUUAUUGUGAUUUGCUGCGCGUCCAUGUCAAGAGAUUUUCGUUUGUGUAACACGGGAUCAAUAGAAAUGUGGAAUCUUGACUUAUUUAAUAAAAUAAUUUAUCUCAUUUGAACUAUUCGAACGAAUCAACAUCUAACUUUAGUGUCAAACUAAACACGGUAACAUGAUUAAAGGCGACCUCGGCAACCAUUAGUUCAGAGCAGACAGUGAAGUGAAAUGACGGGGCUGUCCUUUAUUCGUAACAAAGUGAAGUAGUAACAUAGAAAAUCGAGCAUACUAUUUAUGUGCAUUAUGUAGUGAGAGUGUGUCUUUGCGUCAUUUAUUACUUACUUAAUACCGUGUUUUGGUCAUCGCGUGUAUAUUAUGUGGACGAGAUGAUGUGGAUGUUUGCGGUGGCUGCGGCCGCGGCCCUGACAGCGCUCAGUGUCAGCGGGGAACAGGUGCUUCUUUUAGACACCACUACAGAGGCGACCCUGGGAUGGACGAGGUUCCCAUAUGGACCGCAAGCGAGUACACCAGGUUGGCUUGAAGAAUCGUAUACGAAUUUCGAGAAACAAAUCAACUGGCGAUCGUACGUGGUUUGUGACGUCGCUCACCAUAAUGUCAACAACUGGCUGUGGACACCAUUCAUAGAAAGACGAAAUGCUAAUCGUAUAUACAUCGAAAUUAAGUUUACGAUUCGUGAUUGUUCAUUGUUCCCUGGCAAUGCAUUGAGCUGCAAAGAGACUUUUAGCCUUUUGUAUUACGAGUUUGAUGUCGCCACACGAGAACAGCCUCCUUGGGAACCUGAUAGUUACAAACUUGUUGGUAGAAUAGCUGCAGGUGAAGGUAGAUUCAAUACUAACUCUGAAGUGGACAUAAAUACUGAGGUCAAAAGUAUAGCUGUGACAAAGAGAGGUGUUUACUUUGCCUUCAGAGAUCAAGGAGCAUGUAUUUCAAUAUUAGCUGUAAAAGUAUAUUACAUUACAUGUCCAGAGGCAACAGUAAAUUUUGCUAGAUUCCCUGCCACACCAACAGGAAGAGAAGUCACAGUGAUUGAACAAGCUAAUGGCACUUGUGUGGAGAAUGCUGAGAUUGCUCCUGGUGAAGCUCCCCCUGUAUACUUAUGUAAAGGAGAUGGUAAGUGGACCCUUCCCAGUGGUUCAUGUAAGUGUCGUGCAGGUUUUGAGCCUGAUCAUCAUAAUCAAGUUUGUAAUAAAUGCCAACCAGGAAAAUUUAAGUCUCAUACUGGAGAUGAUCCUUGUGUAGCAUGCCCUGAUUUUUCUGAAUCUACUAUUUUUGCAGCAAGUGAAUGUAAAUGUGUACCUGGAUUCUUUAGAGCUAAAAAGGAUCCAAAAAACGUUCCAUGUACACAACCACCAUCAGCACCUGAUAAUUUGACUGUUACAUUUGCUGAUCAAUUUUCAAUAGCCCUUACCUGGCAGCCUCCACAUAAAAAUGGGGGAAGAAAUGAUGUUACGUAUCGUAUACAUUGUUCUAAUUGUGGUCCUAGUGUUGAAUAUAGACCUGCUUCUAGUGGUUUAAAUUCUACUAGAGUGACUAUUAUAGGUCUGGAUCCUGUAACUGAAUAUAAAUUUCAAGUAUUUGCUGAAAAUGGUGUUACUGAGUUAACAGGAGAGCCACCAAAGAAGGUGGAAAUAACAGCUAUAACUGAGGCUUCUGUUGUUAGUGUGGUAUCAAAAUUAAGAGUCCUUAGUGUAGAAAGUGAUAAAUUGUCAGUUGCUUGGAAUCCACCACCCAUUGAUUUGACAGACCCAGAUGAUACAAUAGAAAGUUAUGAAGUGAAGUGUUUUGCUAAAGAUAAUUUUGAUAAGAAUGGGAAUGCUACCUUAAAGAUCACUAAAGAGCCUCACAUGACUAUUACUGGCUUGAAAAGUGAUACUGAAUAUGGUAUAAGAGUGAGAGCAAAAAUGAAAAGGGGAUGGGGUGAGUUUAGUGGAAUAGUCUAUGCCCACACAGGAUCAGUAUUAGAGACCACUUUUGUAGGUGAAGAAGAAGGAGCACAAGUCAGAUUGGUUGCAGGGGUUAUGGUUGCAGUUGUUGUUCUCUCUGUAGUUGCUAUUAUUGCAACUGUGCUAUUUUUAAGAUCACGUGCUGAUGAUGAGUGCGAUAAAAAACAACCUAAUGAUUGCAAUGCACUAAACUAUCGUAAUGGUGAAGUUUAUACAGGUCCUGAGAGACCUGCUAAAACCAGUAGUAAUGCUACUACUCCAUUGUUUGCUGGCACUGGCUCUAGAACAUAUAUUGAUCCGCACACUUACGAAGAUCCUAAUCAAGCAGUGAGAGAAUUCGCUCGUGAAAUUGAUGCUUCUUGUAUUACUAUAGAGGCAAUUAUUGGUGGUGGUGAAUUUGGUGAUGUAUGUCGUGGAAAACUUAAACUGCCAGCUAGCUGCGGCCAAGAAAUUGAUGUUGCUAUUAAAACUCUCAAACCAGGAUCCACAGAGAGAGCAAGAAGAGAUUUUUUGGCUGAAGCUUCAAUAAUGGGACAGUUUGAACAUCCUAAUGUUAUAUUUUUGCAAGGUGUAGUUACUAAAUGCAACCCUAUCAUGAUUAUUACAGAAUUCAUGGAAAAUGGUUCAUUGGACACAUUUUUAAGGGCAAAUGAUGGCAAGUUUCGAGUUUUGCAGUUAGUAGGAAUGCUACGUGGUAUAGCUACUGGAAUGCAAUAUCUAUCUGAGAUGAAUUACAUCCAUAGAGACCUGGCUGCUCGUAAUGUACUUGUCAAUUCACAGCUUGUGUGCAAAAUAGCUGACUUCGGUUUAUCUCGUGAAAUAGAAUCUGCAGCUGAUGGUGCAUACACAACUCGUGGUGGUAAAAUACCAGUAAGGUGGACAGCACCAGAAGCUAUUGCUUUUAGGAAAUUUACUUCAGCUAGUGACAUAUGGUCAAUGGGUAUUGUUUGUUGGGAAGUGAUGAGCUUUGGAGAACGUCCUUAUUGGAAUUGGAGUAAUCAGGACGUAAUCAAGUCGAUAGAGAAGGGAUAUCGUCUUCCUGCACCUAUGGAUUGCCCAGAAGCUGUUUACCAGCUAAUGCUUGAUUGUUGGCAAAAGGAGAGAACACACAGACCAACAUUCUCAAGUAUUGUCAAAACAUUGGAUAAACUUAUUCGUUGCCCUGACACAUUAAGAAAGAUAGCUCAAAACCGUUCAGCAGAUCCUCUUGCAGGUGAUACUCCAGACUUGAAUCAGUUCUCAUCCGUUGAAGAGUGGUUGGAGUGUAUAAAAAUGUCACGAUACAUUGAGAAAUUUCGUGCUGCAGGUAUUACAGAUAUGGAGGCUGUUGUAGAUUUGACAGUUCACCAGUUGGCGACCCUUGGCGUUACGCUCGUUGGACAUCAGAAAAAAAUCAUGAAUAGUGUCCAAAGUAUGCGUGCUCAGAUACGCGUCAGUGGGCCUUAUGGGUUUCUUGUGUGAAUUUUCGUAAAGUGCAAUUCGGAAAGUAGUAUGAUUGAGGAGAUGAUUUUACAAUGAGCAGUUUCUGUAAUAAAUGUGUACAUCAAAAACAAUGUGAAAACAAUGAUCUCUCGAUGAGCAGCUAAAGUGGACAAUUCUUUGCCAUAAUCUUUGAAAAAAAAAAUACAUCUUCAAUAAAUGCAUUUUGUAUAUUUUUCUAAAAGCAAAUGUCAUAGAAUAAGAUGUAGAAUAAAAGACAACUUUUCAUAAAAAGUAAAAAAAUAUCAUACUAAAUUAGUAUUGGUUAUAUUUUUUCCAUGUAAUAAAUAUAGGUACUGUUGUAUGUGUGUGCUAAGUGUAUUUUAGUGAUUGGCUUUUUGACUUUAAUAUUUGUUGUCUAUUUCAUCUUAUAAUACCAACUGAAUGAUUGUGUUAUAAAAAUUUGUAGAUUGUGUGAUAAUGAAUCAACAUAAAAAAUUCAAGUUAACCAUAAGUUUUCAUUAAAGCCUUAUUUAAUAUUUUUGUUUGGGUCAAAAAUCCAAUUACUAUAUAAACCAUACAGUAUGUAAGAGCAUCUGGCCUAAAUUUAUCAUUGUGAUUAUUGAUUUUCAAUACUUAUAAGCUUUAUUAUGCUACCGUCUUGAAAUUUGUGUACAACGAAGAAAUGAAAGCCAUUAUUUAUGUUACUCAAUAAUAUCUAUUAUCAUUUAUCUCUUCUGUAAAGGCAGUUUUAAAGAUAAAUCAACAUACCAUCACUAUAGAUGAUUUUUAAUGUAUAAAGCUGCUAAAACUAAUCUAUCUAGACUGAUGUUCAUAUUUGUGAUUGUUUUAUAAUGAAUUUUAUAUUAUUAUUUUAUUUUUUAAAGAAAUUGUACUUAAUAACUUGAGAUUUAGUUUUAAGAGAGAUUGUGGAAAUUUUUUUCAAAAAGUACAAGAAAUAGCAUUUUGCAAUGAGUAUGCAAGCUUUUUUCGGGCAUGUAAUGAUUUUAUUUACAUAAUUGUAAAAAUAGAGUAUAAAAAUGUAGUUAGCUAAUUUGACAUAUAAUUAUGUGUAUAUUAUUGACAAUUUGAUCCCAAAAGUUUAUACUAUGGUAAAAUAAAGUGUCAAAUACUCGUACCAUUGCCAUUUGUUCUAUUUUUUAUUUCUUUUAGUAAUAUAAUUGUGUAACUUUUACUGCCAAUGUGAUCAAGCUGAGGUAUUAUGGUUCUUAAACUUUAAACUAAGACAAUUCAUUUAUUUACAUAUAUUUAACAAUUUUUACACUGCAUUGUACAAAAGGCUGAGUUUAUGUUAAUUUUAGUGUAAUAUAAUUAGACAUUUGUAAAGCUAUGUUCUGAAUUCUUACAAAUAAUCUGAUAUGAUAAAAUAUUGUUUAUACAAAAAUAUCUAUACAUACAUCUGAUAUUUUUGUUAAUAAAUAAUGUUUUAUUGUGUGUAUUCAAAACAAUUGUGUAUCCUUAAUUUAAUUUUUUUUAUACUCGCAAAUCAAUUUUUUAAGAUCUAGUUGAAAUACGAAUAUUGCCAAUAUAGUAAUUAUAAGUGCUUUGCCUAUUGCCUGAGAUGAAGUUUACAAACACCUACUUAACAAACUGAGCUAUGCGACUUUUAUUGUAUUUUACUGCUGCUAGCGAAUUCAGCUCUGCUAUUAUUUGUUGUCAAAUGUGUUUUACUAUUAAUUGAUAAUUAUUUAUUUUCAUAAAUGUAACAAAAAUAUAUAAUUUGUGAUGAAAAGAUUAUCAAUAGUUUGGCUCGUUAUAUUUUACACACUAAUAGAAUUUGAAUAGAAUCCUAUUAAUUCUGCUUAAGUCAUACCAUAUUAUAAUUUAUAUUUUGUAUAGUACGACUAAGUACUACUAACUAACGCAAGUUUCUAAGGCAGAUGAAAAAACGGUAAAGUAUUAUAUGGGUGGUAAAAGUACACUGUACG